CUCUUCUCACAUUCCCUUAGCAGCCGGCGUGUAGAAAAACUUAGCCCACCAUCUGCUCGAUAUAAAACAAAUAGCUUCUGUUUCUUUCAAGAUUAGAAGUGAUGUCCAGGCAAAAGCUCUAAUUUCUGCAAAAGCAAAUCUGAGCUUGGGGCUAAGAGUCUACUGAAGAGAAACCAUGGAUGAAUAUUGUCAAGAAAAAGGGCCAAAGGAACCUUUAUUAGAUCCCAAAGAACCAGUGGUGGCUGUAGAGCAUAUAAGCUCUGAGCUUGAAAACAUAUUGUCUGACUCAAGCUUGUCCAAUUUCCAGAUGCUUGGGCGGGCCUCUGUUAUAGAAUUGAAAAAUCUAUUCCGAUUAGCAGCGCCAUCAAUUAUUGUUUAUUUGCUCAACAAUAUCACUUCAAUGUCUACCCAACUAUUCUGUGGUCAUCUCGGUAAUCUUGAACUUGCUGCUGCUUCCCUUGGCAAUGAAGGUAUUCAACUCUUGGCUUAUGGCAUCAUGUUAGGUAUGGGGAGUGCAGUAGAGACACUAUGUGGGCAGGCAUAUGGAGCUCACAAGUUUGAAAGCCUUGGAAUAUAUCUUCAAAGAUCAACUAUCCUCUUGAUGUUGUCUGGAGUACCGAUCAUGGUGGCUUACUUAUUCUCAAAGCCAAUUUUAAUUUUUUUAGGAGAAUCAGAGAAAGUUGCAUCAGCAGCUGCACUAUUCGUUUAUGGUUUAAUUCCUCAAAUAUUUGCUUAUGCUGCCAAUUUUCCUAUCCAAAAAUUCUUGCAAGCCCAAAGUAUUGUAAAUCCUAGCGCGUAUAUAGCAGCAGCGACAUUAGUCCUCCAUCUUUUCCUAACAUGGAUUGUGCUUUAUGUAUUUGAGUGGGGAUUGUUUGGAGGAGCCUUGGUUCUAAGUAUUUCGUGGUGGAUAGUAGUCAUUGCACAAUUUAUGUACAUAUUGUGGAGUGAUAAAUGCAAGAAAACAUGGAGUGGAUUUAGUCUGCAAGCAUUUUCUGGGCUGUGGGAUUUCUUUAAGUUGUCAGCUGCUUCAUCUGUGAUGUUGUGUUUGGAGGCGUGGUACUUUCAGAUUUUGGUUUUACUUGCUGGUUUGCUACCAAAUCCUGAAGUGGCAUUGGAUUCUCUAGCUGUUUGUAACACAAUUCUUGGAUGUGUGUUCAUGUUAUCUGUUGGUUUCAACGCUGCUGCAAGUGUAAGGGUGAGCAAUGAAUUGGGAGCUGGACAUCCAAAAUCAGCUGCAUUUUCAGUUGUGGUGGUGACAUUAAGCUCGUUCUUGAUUGCUGUAGUCAUUGCCAUAGUAGUGAUGUUGCUUCGCGAUGUGAUGAGUUAUGCAUUCACCGGCGGUGAAACCAUUGCUAAAGCAUCCUCAGAACUUGCACCACUCUUGGCUGCCUCUGUAGUUCUCAAUGGUAUUCAACCUGUUUUAUCUGGGGUGGCUGUUGGGUGUGGAUGGCAAGGUUUUGUAGCUUACGUUAACGUCGGAUGUUACUACGUUGUUGGCAUUCCAUUGGGUGUUCUUCUUGGUUUCAAAUUCAAACUCGGAGCUAAGGGACUAUGGCUGGGCAUGUUUGGAGGAACAGCCAUGCAAACUCUAAUCUUACUAUGGGCCACUUUUCGAACCAAUUGGGACGAUGAGGUGGAGAAAGCGAAAAAUCGAUUAGUUAAGUGGCAAGACAGCAGUAAAACGCCAUUGUCGAACGAAUCAUGAGAACGACCAUUUUUGCCUAAUUUUUGCAUUAGAUUUCAAGCAUGUCCGUUGGUUUUAUUAGUUUAAAUGGCAUAUAUAUCGUACACUGAGCCACUAAUUGCGUCAACCUGUUGAGCCUACUUUCUUCUCUUUUGAAGAAUUAAGCCCAUUGAAGAAAAGCAAAAAACAUAGAAAACCAGUUAAAAAUAAAGUUUCACAUUCAUGUAAUACCUAUAAUCCGAUCAUACUUAUGUGUUUAAGAUAUACAACUUCCCACAUUGGUUGUAUAAACGUUUUCAAAGGAGCUAAGUUUUGAGAUAUAUCAUCUAUUGUAUUAA